UAAUAUUACGUUGAAGCACAGUACCUAUCACUACAGUGGUGUGAUUCAGAUAUUCAGCCUUCAGACCACCAGCCACUCUAUCUCACACAGUUCUACUCAGCCUGGGUGACAGAGAGCAGCUAUCUCAUCCACCCUGUUUACAAGAGGAGCCUUUCCAAAGACACUGGCUUAUCGGUCCAUACAGCGGCAAGGGCAAAUCUCCACCUGCUAGUUUCUGCACAAGCUUUUAUCACACUGGACCCACCGUUUACAGAUGAACUGCUGGACUUCCAGACCAGCAGGUUUAGGGAAGUCAUUUAUGGGGUCACACUCUGACCCCCCCCCCAGCUUUCUUGAUGAGGAAGAGCAGCUGUGCUGUGAUGUCAGCUUCAGCUGCCCAGCAUGCACACCUGAAAUGUUGGCGGUUUCAGUUGAUGGGAACAGAAAGCUAUAUCACUUUCAGCAAAACGAAAGGCAGGGUAACGACAUGGUGAUAAAUGAGUGUGUGGGCCAUCUGCUGAGGACCAAGAGCUCAGGACACUCAGACGGGGGCGUCGCAGCAGGAGUCACCGUGCUCCACAAUCCUCUGCUGUUGUGAGAUGUCACACUCCUGCCUGCACAUACAAACCACAGUGAAGUCAAAGUUCCACCUGCACCUCCACCUGUUCUUGCAACAGCAACACUGAUAGAGAGGGUCUUGGGGGUCUGUAUAAACAGAAAGAUGUUGGCGAUGUCCCAUGGAGGCUAAGAUUGGCACUGAGGCUGGCCAGCAGAAGGUGAGGGCCUGGGGUCCUGGACUGGAAGGAGGCGUUGUUGGUUUCUCUCAGACCAAGAUUGAAUGUGAUGACAAGGGUGAUGGAUGGUGUGACAUGCGCUGCGGGCCCACAGAACCAGGAUGGUGAAGUCAAUUCUGUGGAUGUCCAGGUUAAGGAUAAUGGCAACAGCACAUACACCUGCACCUACACCCCACGUAAGCCUGUGAAGCAGACUGUGAUGGUCUCCUGGGGAGACUGAGAGUCCAUUCAGGAUGAAUAUCGGAGCAGGCUGUCAUCCAAACAAGGUGAAGGUCUCUGACCCUGGAGUGGCAAAGACGGGCCUCAAAGCCUUCCAGCCGACAUACUUCACUGUUGACUGCUCAGAGUCUGGUCAAGGACAAAGGCUGUUUGGGUUUAGGCUAUUCCAAUGACACCGUUCAGGGUCAAAGUGGAUCCUUCUCAAGGCAGAGGGACCAGGACUCAGCCGCAGUGAAGCCAUUUCAGUCUUUUUCACUGAGCCUAUAUUGACCAUCUGACCUGUUGUGAAAUGGGUCUGUCACAAUGCUAGAUGCAGAAUGAAAGUUUACAAAAAAGGAAGGAGUGUUGAGCUGUUACACUGUGCGGUCUUUAACCAAUAAGCAGCAGCAGCUGAAGUGUGACUUUGCAGAGGGAAGGGACACGAAACCUGCUGCAGAUAUGAGCCAAGUUUUGGACAUUGAGCGCUAUGAUCUGGACAUUAAGAGCAACAGCAGAAGCCAUCACACACAGCUGUGUGGAGAGGAGCGUUUGAUCGUCCGGAGAGGGCAGCCCUUCAACAUUAUCUUACACCUGACUGCUGGCAGCAAGGACUUCAAACCCGGUGAAACAGGCCUCACGCUCAUCAUUGAAACGGGUCCACUACCAAGAAAAGAAUCAGACACUAAGGUUACCUUCAGUAUAACUGACUCCACAGUGGACACUGACUGGAGUGCGUCUGCCACUUAUGAUCCCUCUGGAAACACACUGUCAUUGUCCAUCUCCUCUUCCCCUGAUGCCCCCAUUGGGGUCUAUUCUCUGACUCUGGACCAAAAUGGGAAGAAGACCAGUUUAGGGCAGUUCACUCUGCUUUUUAAUGCUUGGUGCCCCAGAGAUGCUGUUUACAUGCACAGUGAGACAAAGAGGCAAGAGUAUGUUCUAGCACAACAUGGGCAGAUCUACAGAGGAAUACAUAAAAGAAUCAAGGGGACACCCUGGAACUUUGGACAGUUUGAAGCAGGAAUAUUGGACAUCUGCCUGAAGAUUCUGGAUGAAAACCCUAAAUUUGUGUCUGAUGCUGAUAAGGACUGCUCUGCGAGGAGAAAUCCCAUUUAUGUGACCAGGGUGCUGAGCGCCAUGAUUAACAGUAAUGAUGACAGGGGUGUCCUGGUAGGAAACUGGGGAAAGAUUGAAGAUGGCACUCAUCCGGGAGAGUGGAUCGGCAGCGGGGGCAUUCUGCAUCAGUGGGCAGAAAGUGGUCCUGUCUGCUACGGCCAGUGCUGGGUCUUUGCUGCAGUUGCAUGCACAGUGUCUCGUGCUCUGGGCAUCCCGUGUCGAGUGGUUACCAACUUUGGAUCAGCUCACGAUACCGAUGCCAACCUUGUGAUAGAAAACCUGUAUGAUGAAGAUGGUAAAAGAAUUUCUGGAGGUGAUUCAAUAUGGAACUUCCAUGUUUGGGUGGAUAGCUGGAUGACUCGUCCAGACUUGGGCCAGAAGUUUGAUGGGUGGCAAACCAGUGACCCAACCCCACAGGAAACAAGUGAAGGUGUUUUCUGUUGUGGACCAGCUUCACUGAAAGCCAUCAAGGAAGGAGAGCUGACGCUAAAAUAUGACGUACCGUUUAUUUUUGCUGAGGUUAAUGCCGAUGUUGUGGACUUGGUGCUCUUGUCAACUGGACAGUUUGUCAAGUUCAGUGGAUCCACAAAGUCUGUUGGAUGUUUUAUAAGCACUAAAACCGUGGGCUCAGAUGACAGGCGUGACAUCACACACCAAUACAAAUAUGCAGAAGGCUCUAAGGAGGAGAGACAGGUGUAUGAGAAGGCCCAGCACCACAACAAGCUGCAGCAGCGAGGAGAAAAGCCAGGGCUCCAUCUUAAGAUCAAGCUGGCUGACAACAUGAUGGUGGGCUCAGACUUUGAGGUGUACGCCAUCCUCACGAACAACUGCAUGGAGGCAAGAACCUGCAACUUUCUCUUCUUUGCCAGAGCAGUUAGCUACAAAGGAAAACAAGGAGACAGCUGUGGAGUUGCUUCAGAUAAGGUGGAAGUACCCUCUGGAGAAGAAAGACGCUUGUCUCUUAAACUGGAGUAUGAGAGCUAUGGGACAGCAAUAACAUCUGACAGGCUGAUCCAGCUGUCAGCCAUCACCAUUGACAAAGAGACCAUAGAUUUUAAUAAGGCUGAGAAGACCAUUGUGCUGGAUGAGCCAGAUAUAAAGAUCGAGCUGCUGGGAGAGGCCAAUAUAAACCAGUCUGUGAUGACAAAGCUGACUUUGUUGAACCCUUUACCAGAGCAGCUGCAGGACUGUAGCUUCACUGUAGAGGGGGUCAGCCUCACUGACAGCAAACCCAUAACAGCCAAGAUUGGAGCUGUGGGCCCCAAACAAGAAGCCAAAACCACCAUUGAGUUCAUUCCAACCAGUGCAGGUCCCAGUGUGCUCCUGGUGAAUUUUGAUAGCGACAAACUGAAGAACAUCAAGAGUUUCCUCAAUGUUGUCGUGAAGGAAUGAGUCCACCCAGAAUCCAACAGCUCCGAUUUUACUUGUUGCUGUUUCAGUUUAAUCACAAAAGCUGCUUAAGCAGCUUAAGAUUACAUAUGGCCCUUCUUAAAAUCUAAUUUAUAUUCACUAACACUAAUACUUCACUAAUACACUUGGUAAGCUUAAACAGAAUAUUCCAUCAAGCAGUGAAAGGCAAAUACUAACAUUUUAAUAUUAGGGGUAAUUUUGGCGCUCAUCUUCUUGUAGUUAUAUCAAAUAAAACUUGUCAAAAUGUUCCCAGAAUAAUAAGCACUGGGUGGUGUCAGGGAGGCUAUGUCCAUCUUUUAUGUAGAGGUCUUGAAUGUGUCUCCAUGCAGUAGGAUAACUGGUGUGGACACUUGAAUAUAUGGAUUUUGUGGAUUUGUUUUUGAAUGAAUUGGUGGUGGUUGACACCUCUUUGAGAAGGAACAUUUUUAUUGAUAUGUGAUGUCUGUGAAGUCCACAUAUGUAUGUUGCUACUGAAUGAGCAAUGUAGUGUUUUACACUUACUGUUUAUUAUGUUUACUGGUUAUUAAAUGUCAUCUCUCACUU